AUGGCGCCAAAAGCACUCUGCUGUAUCUCGGUCGACAUUGACGCCGUCUGCGGAUGGAUUGGAUCAUACGGUGGUGAAGAGUCUGUAUCAGACAUCUCCAGAGGGUAUUUCGCCGGCACCGUGGGUGUUCGUCGUCUUUUGAAGCUAUUCGAAAAGUACAACAUCAAAACCACGUGGUUCAUCCCGGGCCACUCGCUCGAGACGUUUCCCGAAGAGUGCGCCAUGAUCCGCGACGCCGGCCACGAGAUUGGCCUGCACGGGUACUCGCACGAGAACCCGCGCGACAUGACGAUUGAGCAGCAGGAGAUUGUCCUCGACAAGACGUACAAGAUGAUUACCGAGUUUUGCGGAAAGCCGCCCCGGGGCUCCGUCGUGCCGUGGUGGGAGACUUCAAAGGAGGGUGCGGACUUGAUGCUCAAAUAUGGUCUCGAGUAUGAUCACUCCUUUUCUCACCACGACGCCUUGCCGCACUGGCUGCGUGUCGGAGAUACGUGGACCAACAUCGACUACAAGAAACACCCCGACACGUGGAUGAAGCCGCUUGUCCGCGGUGAGACCACAGGUCUGGUGGAGAUUCCAGCAAGUUGGUACCUGGAUGAUCUCCCUCCUAUGAUGUUUAUCAAAAACAUGACCAACUCCCACGGUUGGGUCCACCCCAGUGUCGUCGAAGAUCUUUGGAAAGAUCAUUUUGACUACUUUUAUGAGACAUAUGACAACUUUUGCUUUCCCGUGACAAUUCACCCCGACGUAUCGGGACACCCUCAUGCUCUCAAAAUGGUAGAAAGGGUAAUUCAAUAUGUCAGCAAACAUGAGGGCGUAGAGUGGGUAAAGAUGGAAGACAUUUGCGACGAGUUCAAGUCACGGAGCACACCACCCGAGGGCGCGAGAAUGCCGGCAGAAAAGGGAGCCAUGUUGAAGUAA